AUGCUUAUGUUGGACCUUACGCGCGGCGUUUUCCCUGCGUUCAGAGGGUAUUCCCAAGCGCUUUUGAUUGAUGAAAUUCAGCACGCAAUCUCGUCGGGAAAUUUCACUGGAUCACGACUUUCGUGGCUUCUCUUUACUGAACUCGUCAGAUUGGGAAUGGAGAGCUGCAUAGAUUCGUUCGCGUCAUCAAAUGAGGAUAUAGUCCAUAAUUCCACACGCUUUCUGAUAGAAUUUAGACUCAUGGAGAAGCGAAUGCAUCUGGACGUCCCGACUCUUGCCGACCCACUUAUUCGUGACCUGCUGCAUGAAUCGGAGCUCUUUGUCCGAUCGUUCAAUGGCAUGUCGAGCUUCGGAUUGUUCUCCGUACUUGACCUUACCCGCAUCGUGAGCCUGGCAUCGGAGCUUGUAUCUCAUGUGCUGGUUUUGUCGUCUCUAGCAUCUGGCAGUAUCCACAUUUUCGCCCUUCUGCUGCCAAUUAUAUCUUCGUUACUGCCUUUGAUUUCCGCUUGGUUCGGGCGCAGUCGAACAUAUAUGGACGAUCUCACUAGCCCUCUGGAAGCUCGUACAUCGGCGAAACAGGAGAAAAUGCGUCUUUUGGCCCACAGCGACCCAUACCGUCCAGAAAUUUUACUCUUCGGGCUUGGGCCGUGGAUAUUACGCUCUUGGGCUCGCGCACGGAAGCUGAUGCUAGGAUUAGAACGGCAACAGUCAACGACUGGACCACAACUAUCCUCAGUGUUUCUAUCCCAGAUAAAUGUAUCUGGUUUGCUUGCUACCAUACAAAAUAUCCCUUUAAUAUUGGCUCUCCAAUACUCCUCAACGUCAUUAGGCUCCUUUACCCUAUAUCGCAGCUCCAUACAAUCUCUAUUUCUGACUGCCUCAAGCCUACUACAGUCCAUUCGGCUGACGUAUCAAGGCAUUUUCCUCAUGGGUGCUUUUUGCGCCGCUAUGGAGAUCGAACCGCGCUUAUGCCCCAAGACGGAGGCGAUUACUUACAGACGGUCGAGAAGCGGCAUGAGGCUCGAAGCAAAGGAUUUAUCCUUCACAUAUCCGGGUUGUAGAGAGCCGACUCUGAGGAAUAUUAAUCUCACUGUCGACGCCGGGGAGACACUGGCGAUUGUUGGCUUCAAUGGGUCUGGUAAAUCAACCCUUGCCAAUAUUCUGCUGCGUAUCUUGGAAUUUGAUAGCGGCAGUCUAUUCGUCAACGGUGCCGAUAUUCGCAAGUAUCGUCCGGAGGACUAUCACACGCACGUCACCGCUGUAUUUCAAGGUUUCUCCAAGUUCAGCGCAACGGCGAAAGAAAAUAUUGGCGUUGGCCGCAUCGAGGAUAUGAAUAGCUCUGCCGCAAUCGAUUCGGCGAUCCGUUUGGCCGGAGCACGAGAGAUCGUAUAUUCCUUGCCCCAAGGCCUAAGGACCAAAUUAGACACGGCUGGCCACGACCCUUCUGGGUUUACUGACAUGACUUCUGCUCACGCCCAUCACGGCUUAUCCGGCGGCGAGUGGCAAAGAAUAGCGAUUUCCAGAGCAUUCAUGAGAGCGCAUCGACCCGAGGUCGAGCUUCUCCUCCUUGAUGAACCGACUUCGUCACUCGAUGCGCACGCACAAAAUUGGAUCUUUGAAAGUAUCGAGAAGAUCUCAUGCUUGCCGAAUGGUGAACGCACGAAGACUGUGAUAUUUAUAACCCACCGUCUCUCCACGGCACGUCGCGCGGACAAAAUUGCCAUGAUGGAGAACGGGACUGUAUCUGAAUUCGGGACCCAUCAGGAGCUCCUGAAGCGGGAUGGUACAUACGCGGCACUAUAUCGUGCUUCCACCUGA